AUGGAGGUGGAUGAGCAUGGACAACCUGGAUCUGGCAGCCCUGGGAAUAAGAAGGGCUGGGCCGAGUGCCUGCCCUGCUCCGUGAACUUGUUCUCCAGCACCUUACACUUGCUACAUAAUGCCAAUAUCACCAUCAGCAAUCAAUUCAUAUCUGGCUAUGAAACCUUCAUAGACACCUGUUUCACCUCUACAACUAUCCCCGAGAUGCUGUUAAACAUCCUCACACAGAGUAAAGUCACACCCUAUGAACACUGCAUCACCCAGAUUUACUUUAUGGUACUCUUUUCAGUGUUGGAUGUUUUUCUCCUUACCAUGAUAGCCUAUGACCACUUUGUGGCCAUCUGCCACCCUCUGCACUACACGGUCAUCAUGAACCUCAGGCUCUGUGGGCUGCUGGUCCUGGUGUCCUGGAUCCUGAGUGCCCUGAAUGCCUUGUUAGAAAGCUUAAUGGUUUUGCGACUUUCAUUCUGUGCAGACUUGGAAAUCCCCCACUUUUUCUGUGAAGUCAGUUGGGUGAUCCCACCUGCCUGUUCUGACACCUUUGUUAAUAACAUGGUGGUGUACUUUGCAGCUCUCCUGCUGGGUGGUGGUCCCUUAUUUGUAUCCUCUAACUCUAAGCUAGUUUCCUCCAUCCAUAGAAUCUCAUCAGCUUAG